UUGGGGGAGUCCUUCAUUUUUGUGCCUGGAUCUGUUCUCUGCAGGAAUGUAUUCUCUCGGGCAUCAUGUCCGUCAAUGGCAAGAAAGUUCUGCACAUGGAUCGGAACUCUUACUAUGGAGGGGAAAGUGCUUCAAUUACACCCCUGGAAGAUUUAUACAAAAGAUGGCAUCGCGUGCCAGGACCAAUACUGGAGUCGAUGGGCCGAGGAAGAGACUGGAAUGUCGACCUGAUCCCCAAAUUCCUCAUGGCCUGUGGCCAACUGGUCAAGAUGCUGCUGUACACAGAGGUCACUCGGUACCUGGACUUCAAGGUGAUCGAAGGGAGCUUUGUCUACAAGGGUGGAAAGAUCUACAAAGUCCCUUCGACCGAAGCGGAAGCUCUCGCCUCUAGUUUGAUGGGCCUGUUUGAGAAAAGGCGCUUCCGGAAGUUUCUGGUCUACGUGGCCAACUUUGACGAGAACGACGCCCGCACCUUUGAAGGGGUGGAUCCCAAGAGAACCACCAUGCGUGACAUCUACAAGAAGUUUGAUCUCGGCCAGGAUGUGAUUGACUUCACGGGUCAUGCCCUAGCCCUGUACAGGACCGAUGACUACCUAGAUCAACCUUGCCAAGAAACCAUCAACAGGAUUAAACUCUAUAGCGAGUCUUUGGCCAGAUACGGCAAAAGUCCCUACCUCUAUCCUCUCUAUGGCUUGGGGGAGCUUCCCCAGGGAUUUGCCAGGUUAAGUGCCAUCUACGGAGGGACCUACAUGUUGAACAAACCCAUCGAAGAGAUUGUCAUCGAGAACGGCAAAGUGGUCGGCGUGAAAUCGGAAGGAGAGAUCGCCCGUUGCAAGCAGCUCAUCUGCGACCCCAGCUACAUCCCGGACCGCGUGAAGAAGGUGGGCGAGGUCAUCCGGGUCAUUUGCAUCCUGAACCACCCGAUCAAGAACACAAACGACGCCAACUCGUGCCAGAUCAUCAUUCCCCAGAACCAAGUGAACAGGAAGUCAGACAUCUACAUCUGCAUGAUCUCGUCCGCCCACAACGUGGCGGCCCAAGGAAAGUACAUCGCCAUCGUGAGCACGACCGUGGAGACCAGCGAGCCGGACAAGGAGAUUAAGCCUGCCAUGGACCUGCUGGAGCCCAUUGAGCAGAAGUUUGAGGGCAUCAGCGACUUGUUUUCCCCAACCGACCUGGGCAGAGAAAGCCAGGUUGGUAUGAAGGGGGGGGGGGGGGAGGGGCCCCUUCCUGGGGCAAGUGGGGAGGGGAUAAAUCCACCCCAUUUAGGCACUGACCCUUCGGUUUAAUUUGUGGUUUAACGUUUCUCAUUUUAAUGCUUCGUGUUACCAUAUUUGUCACUUUUAAUUCCCUAAAUUGUUUUGAAUGAUACUUUACGCUGCCCAGAGUCGCUCAAUAAUGAGGUGAGUAGGAAGGGAAAGGAAGGAAGGAAGGAAGGAG